AUGUCGAGUUUCAACGCAUUGCCCGUUGCCGAGUCUUUACUCAAUCUCCGAGACCCCCAGUGCAAGGAGAAUUUGGAAUCAUGGCAGCCCAUCAUGCAAAAAUUUGAAGCGGCUUCGAGGCAUGUCACCACAGAAGCCACGCCGAGUUCGCUGAUGAAGCACCAGUCGAGGGGCCAGUUACUCGCCCGAGACAGAAUUUCCCUGCUGCUAGACGAGGACUCGCCCUUCCUCGAGCUCUGCGCGUACGCCGGUUUCCAACAAGACGACGCGCCUCCGUGUGCCAACCUGAUUGCGGGCAUCGGGAGCAUCUGCGCUCGACCCUGCCUCGUCUUGUCACACAUUCCCACCCAGAGCGGUGGUGCCUGGAAUGAAUUCACGGUCCCCAAGCAGAAUCGCGUCACGGAAAUCGCCACCGAGAAUCACUUGCCCAUUGUUGCCCUGGUGCAGUCGGCCGGCGUAUUCUUGCCCCAGCAGUUCAAGGUUUUUCACGCGGGCGGCCAAAUCUUCCGCGACCUCGCCCGGCGGAGCCAACUCGGCCAGCAGUCAUGCGCCAUUGUGUUUGGAUCCUCGACCGCCGGGGGUGCCUACCACCCUGCCCUGUCGGACUACAGCAUCUUUGUCAAGGACCAGGCGCAGGUGUUCCUCGGCGGACCGCCUCUGGUCAAGAUGGCGACCGGGGAGGUGGUGGAUGCCGAAACGCUCGGCGGCGCGGCGACCCAUGCCAGGAUCACGGGCCUGGCGGACCAAAUUGCCACUGAUGAGUUCGAUGCGAUUCGCAAAGGUCGAGAAUGGGUGGCCUCGCUGGGACAGUGGCCACUGCCGCCCGCCGCGGCCGCUCAUGCUCCCCUUCCGCCUCGAUACUCGAUCGAGGAUAUCCUCUCGAUUGUUGAUCCUGAUAUUCGUAAACCGUUCGAUAUGAGGGAAAUUAUUCUGCGUCUCGUGGACGACUCUCGGCUCUCCGAGUUUAAGCCCAGCUACGGUCCGAAUCUGCUCACUUGCUUUGCAAGCAUAAUGGGUCACAGUGUUGGCAUCGUUGCCAACCAAGUUCCCGUUAUAAACACGGACGAAGCUUCCAAGGGCGCUCAGUUUAUUCGUCUUUGCAACCAGUCCAAUCUACCCAUUGUGUUUUUACACAACGUCACGGGCUUCAUGGUCGGGACCAAGGCAGAGCACGCCGCCAUUAUUAAAAAGGGCGCGCAGCUCGUGUCUGCCGUCAGUUGCUCGACGGUGCCUCACAUUUCCGUCAUACUCGGCGCAUCCUAUGGCGCGGGCAACUACGCCAUGUGCGGGAGGCCCUACAAGCCUCGAUUCCUAUUCACCUGGCCCAUUGGGCGCUGCAGUGUCAUGGGGCCCGACCAGCUGGCCGGCGUGAUGCAAACAAUCGAGGCGAAUAGCGCCAAAUCAAAGGGGAAACAAGUCGACGGUGCGGCCGCGGAGAAGAGGACGCAGUCGCUCAAGGACAGUGUGCAGCGAGACAGCGAGAGUUACCGGACCAGCGCGGCUCUCCUCGACGAUGGAGUCAUUGACCCACGUGAUACGAGAGACGUUGUUGGAAUGUGCUUGGAGGUGGUCAAGAUGCCGGGCGUACAAGGCGCGAGUGCUCAUCGUGUCCUGGCGAGAAUGUAA